CUAUCCUCAAAAUCCCCACUAAACACCACAAAAUGAUUUUAUCAGGCUGUAUUUCCAUAACCAAACCUGGUUUCACUCUUGCUUCUCUCUCUCAGAGUUCUUCUAAACACACAACACCCCGGAAACCUUCAAAGAUUACUCCUCCAAAACCAAGCCACAGUCCCCAAAUUCAGCCCUCUAUUGCGGAAAUAGAACGAGCCAUUGGUGCUGGCAAAUACCGCGACCAUGAUCCUGCCAGUAUAAGUGAUCCAGCAGAGAAGAAUAGUGUGUUCGAUGCAGUAUUGGCGAAUUCAGUAGGAAAGACGGAGGGCAAAACUGAACGGGCACUACGCGAAACAGGAGAGUGGAUAAAUGAACAAACUGAGAGAGCUACUCGGUCUUCUGGAAAGAAAAUUUUAGAGGUUAUGUUUUUUUGGAUUGCGCCUGCUUGGUUCCUCUUGUUCUUUAUUGCUACUGGUGCUGUUAAGUUACCUUUUACCUCUCCUGUUCUUGAUGACUUACUCAUGUAAAUUUGAAUUACACAUUUGCUUUAAUACUAUAUCAUACCAUCAUAUAUGGAGAUUGCAAAUUGUGACAGAACUCGACAA